AAUCCUCCUUUUUACUCCGUAGUGGUUUUCUCGGCGUGAGGCGGCAGCCGCCACCGCGCAGCGCGCAUUCUAUCGGCUGAUCGGCACUGGCAGGCUGGCAGCUCAGCUCGCCGUUAUAUAUUUCGGUCGUGCGGCUCUCGCUGCAAAAAAGUCCAAUCCCCCAAAUACUGAACCGCGUCCACCCUUUGUCUCCCACCACCUCUUCCGUUUCGGCAUUAAUCCGUGCUUCCGCUGCAAGGGAUCGAGAGGGAAAUCCGAGGGGAGAUGGGUCCCGCCGGCCGCCGGCGAGGGGUCACCGGCGGCGCCGUCAUCGCCGCCACGGCAGUGGCUCUGGUACAGAUAGUCUUUCUUGUGCCUCCCACAACUGCACAACAAUCUGGUGGUACUUCAAGGGUAGUACCUGCCGAAGGAUACUGUUCCAUGUAUGGCAUUUGUGCACACCGAAGUGACGGGAAGGUCUUAAACUGUGUGAAUGCAACAAAAGCUGUUAAGCCAGACGCUUUAUUUUCCACGAGGAUCCAAAGUUUGUGCCCCACUAUCACCGGUGAUGUCUGUUGUACAGUUGAUCAGUUUGACACUUUACACCAACAAGUCCAACAGGCUGUUCCAUUUCUUGUUGGAUGCCCAGCUUGCCUGAGAAAUUUCUUGAAUCUCUUUUGUGAAAUGUCUUGUUCUCCGAACCAAAGCCUCUUCAUUAACGUGACUUCAGCAAAACAGGUUAAUAAAACUAUGACUGUUGAUGGCAUAGAUUACUAUGUAACAAGCAAUUAUGGUGAAGAGUUAUAUAGCUCUUGUAAGGAUGUGAAGUUUGGCACUCUGAACACACGUGCAAUGGAUUUUCUCGGUGGGGGUGCUAAAACUUACAAAGAGUGGUUUACAUUCCUUGGGCGUCAGGCAAAUCCUAAUGAGCCCGGCUCACCUUAUCUGAUAACAUACCGAUCUGAUUUUGAUCAGUCAUCGAGGGUGAAGCCUCUAAAUGCAACAAUCUAUUCUUGUGGAGAUCCAUCUUUAGGCUGUUCAUGUGGCGAUUGUCCUUCUUCUUCAGUUUGCACAGGAUCUUUGUUGCCUCAGUCGAAGACAGUAACCUCCUGUUCAGUUAACAUGGUUUCCCUAAAGGCCGAAUGCUUGGACUUUUCAUUAGUGAUUGUGUACCUUGCGUUGCUAUGUGCAAUUUUAUUAUGGGGCUUGUUAUACAGAAGACGAGGAAGAACUGGCUUCUCCUCACAAACAAAAACACCAAAGAAUUCUGAAGAUAAGUUGCAUUCAAACAACAAUGACAAUGUUCCUGAUAACCAUGUUCAGGUGCCCGAAGCUACAUCAUCUUCUGUUGUCCAAACUUACAUGUCGACUUUCUUUAGGAGGCAUGGAAUUUUUGUUACUAGACAUCCUCUUCUUGUGUUAUUCGCAUCCAUACUUGUCCCUGUCAUAUUAUGCAUUGGUCUUAUUCGUUUCAAGGUUGAGACACGGCCAGAAAAGCUCUGGGUUAGUCCUGGAAGUCGGGCUGCCGAUGAAAAGCAAUAUUUUGACAGUCAUCUUGCACCAUUUUAUAGGAUUGAGCAGCUUGUAUUAGCCACUUCUGCAUCUGACCAGUCUGAAGCUCCUACGAUAGUAAAUGAGAACAAUAUGAAAUUGCUAUUUCAAAUUCAGAACAAGGUUGAUGAUCUACGUGCAAAUUAUUCUGGAUCGACAGUAUCCCUUGCUGACAUCUGCCUAAAACCACUCAGUACAGACUGCGCUACUCAAAGUGUUUUGCAGUAUUUCCAGCUGGAUCGAAAAAAGUAUGAUGAUUCAGGUAUAGACCAUGCUAAAUUUUGUUUUCAGCAUUACAGUUCUGAAGAGACAUGCUUGAGCACUUUUCAAUCACCUAUCGAUCCUAGUACGAUAUUAGGUGGUUUUCCAGGAAGCAAUUUUUCUGAGGCUUCUGCAUUCAUAAUAACGUAUCCUGUGAACAACAAGGUCGAGACAACAGGACAAGAGAAUGGAAAAGCUGUGGCUUGGGAAAGGGCAUAUAUUAAUCUUGUAAAGGACGAAAUACUGCCAAUGGUAUUAGCACAGAAUCUAACGUUGUCCUUCUCAUCUGAGAGCUCUAUCCAAGAUGAAUUAAACAGAGAAAGUACAGCUGAUGCAAUUACAAUAGUGAUAAGCUAUAUUGUGAUGUUUGCAUACAUAUCAUUCACACUUGGUGAUCGUCCUUCUCGCUUGUGGUCAUUACUUGUUUCAUCAAAGGUACUUCUUGGCUUAUCUGGAGUUGUCCUGGUGAUGCUUUCAGUUUUAGGAUCAAUUGGAUUCUUUAGUGCUAUUGGAAUGAAGUCAACUCUAAUCAUAAUGGAAGUAAUUCCUUUUCUUGUGCUUGCAGUUGGUGUGGACAACAUGUGUAUCCUUGUGCAUGCUGUCAAGCGCCAACCAUAUGGGUUGGUAUUGGAAGAACGUGUAAGUAACGCAUUGGUGGAAGUUGGACCAUCCAUUACAUUAGCCAGUUUGGCUGAAGUUUUAGCUUUUGCUGUCAGUGCAAUCAAUCCAAUGCCUGCCACCAGAGUAUUUUCCAUAUUUGCUGCAAUGGCAGUUCUUCUGGAUUUCCUUCUCCAAGUGACAGCCUUCGUAGCCCUUAUUGUACUUGAUUUUAGGAGGGCUGAAGAUGGCAGGAUUGAUUGUGUCCCUUGUGCAAGACUUACUUCUAGUACGGAUACUGUCGCUGGCGAUGGUUCCCCCCAUCAGGGGCCUCACUUGGUUGCACGAUAUAUGAAGGACAUUCAUGGACCAAUUCUUGGCUAUCGGGCAGUGAAGUUUAUUGUGAUUGCUGCAUUUGUAGGAUUAGCAUUUGCAAGCAUUGCAAUGACUACUAGACUGCAACCAGGGUUGGAACAGCAAAUCGUUCUUCCGCGAAAUUCUUAUUUACAGGGUUAUUUUAAUGACCUAGAGAAGUACAUGAAAGUUGGACCACCACUAUAUUUUGUUGUGAAGGACUUCAAUUACAGCUCUGCGUCGGAAAACACUAAUCAGAUAUGUUCGAUCAACCAGUGUAAUUCAAACUCUCUUUCGAAUGAGAUAGCAAGACAAUCUUUAUCUCCCGAGACAAGUUACAUAGCAAAACCUGCUGCUUCAUGGCUUGAUGACUUCCUAGUAUGGAUGUCUCCUGAAGCAUUUGGAUGCUGUCGAAAAUUUGUUAAUGGAAACUAUUGCCCUCCAGAUGAUCAGCCUCCUUGCUGUCAACUUGAUCAAGAUUCAGGUUCAUGCAGUCCAAAUGGAUCCUGCAAUAAUUGCACAACGUGCUUCUUACAUUCUGACCUGCAAAACGGGCGUCCAUCGACAACACAAUUUAGAGAGAAACUUCCAUGGUUUCUGGAUGCACUUCCAUCAAGUGAUUGUUCUAAAGGGGGCAAAGGAGCUUAUUCUACAAGUUUGAACCUCAGUGGUUAUGAAAGUGGCAUCAUACAAGCGUCAGCAUUCCGUACAUAUCAUACUCCCCUUAAUAAGCAGACUGACUAUGUUAACUCACUAAGAGCUGCUCGGGACUUCAGUUCUCAAGUGUCCAAAGAUUUACAGAUGCAAAUUUUCCCAUAUUCCGUGUUCUAUAUAUUUUUUGAGCAAUAUCUCGGCAUAUGGAAGACAGCUAUCAUGCAUAUAUGUGUUUGCCUUGGUACAGUAUUUGUUGUUUGCUUCCUACUCACUAGCAGUUUGUGGGCUUCGGCGAUCAUUUUAGUUGUUUUGGCCAUGAUAGUCCUGGAUCUGAUGGGUGUGAUGGCUGUCCUUGGCAUUCAGCUCAAUGCAAUUUCUAUCGUAAACCUUGUUAUGUCAAUAGGAAUUGCUGUUGAAUUCUGUGUUCAUAUCACACAUGCCUUUAUGAUAGGCAUUGGGGAUAGAGAAAACCGUGCAAGGCAUGCUCUAUCAACGAUAGGUGCUUCUGUAUUCAGUGGAAUCACCUUGACCAAACUUGUGGGGGUUAUUGUCCUACGUUUUGCAAAGUCUGAAGUUUUUGUGGUGUAUUACUUCCAAAUGUACCUGGCGCUUGUACUCAUUGGCUUUCUGCACGGGCUUAUAUUCCUACCGGUUGUGUUGAGUCUGUGUGGCCCUCCUCAAAAAACCAUGAAACCAAUUGAACAAAGUCAGACUCCGCCUUCAAAUGGGCAAACCUGAUAGCUAAACAUUUAGGAUGUUUGCAAAGCAUUUCCAUGUACAUAUCCAUCUCACCGCGUGCAGGAGGAACAGCGAGGAGUACACCAUUUCUAGAGGCGGAAGCAAUCUUUAUAGAUUCAUAGAAUAGGUUGUGCAUUAGUUAAGCUCAGUUACAGAACUAGAUUCGUUGGUGUCGGCAUGUGGAGAAGGAAGUGUGAGUUGAGUAUGUAGAUCAGUGUAGCUUGUGUUUAUUACAGUUCAGCUGGUGGUUUGUAUCUGUUCAAUGCGUGAAUCCAAGUGCCAACGUUUGGUAGUACUAUAUCGUUUGAAUUGGUUUGCGCUGUGCAUUUGCAAGAGGCAUUUUUGCAGAGAGGUUAUAUUC